UGUGUUGGAGGUGUGUGGUGCAAAGGCAUGAAGUGAAGCUCAAGAAAGUUUGGGUAAAUGUCUUAUUUACCCAAUGAAAGGAUAUUUAGUGUUUCCAAUGUGUACCUAUGAUUAAUGUGCGUUAUAGUGCAUGGCUUCGGAGCUUAAUGUAGUGUGAUUGUGGAGGACAGUAUCCCGAAACGCCGUCAGUAGACCCAAGAUGGCUGAAUUUUGAAGGACCCUUUGUUCCGGAUGUUGUCAGUAUGAAAGUUGAGUCCCUCGUGACGGAACGGGCGAGUGAGAGAGACUUCGUGACAUGUUUAGUUCCCUCUCCUCCAGCAACGGGGCGGUGGUGCACCAGAGUCACAAGAAACGAAAGCUUGAACAUCAACAGCAUCAACAGAGGGACUAUGCUCAGGCUGCAGCAGACAGCAUAUAUACAAUAAAUGUUAAUCAGAUAAACCAGUCCGUUGUCCGACACCACGCACAAACCAAUAACAAUGCAGCCCAAAAAAGCCCAAACAGUGUCGCAUCACAGCAGUUUAUCCGUGCCUCGACCAUAAAGCUGUUUGAUACGUACCAGCGUUGCGGCCAAAAGCGCAAGUCUUGUGAACGGGAGGGUGAUGUGGGCAGUGGGAGCGGCGAUACAGGGACCACUACAACCACGGGCGCACACACGACAGCUGCCACGACGACGGCCGGGCACGGCACGGGCAAGGGGGGCGGCCCGGCUGCGCCCCAAGGGUCGUCUUCUGCCGAUGGUGACUAUCAGCUUGUCCAACAUGAGGUGUUGUACUCCAUGACAACCCAGUAUGAGGUACUGGAGUUUCUGGGACGUGGGACAUUUGGACAGGUAGUUAAGUGCUGGAAGAAAGGCACAAAUGAAAUUGUUGCCAUUAAAAUACUCAAGAAUCAUCCAUCAUAUGCUCGGCAGGGUCAAAUUGAAGUCAGCAUUCUCUCUCGCCUUAGCCAAGAAAAUGCAGACGAAUUCAAUUUUGUCAGAGCCUUUGAGUGCUUCCAGCACAAAAACCAUACAUGUUUGGUAUUUGAGAUGCUUGAGCAGAAUUUAUAUGAUUUCCUGAAACAGAAUAAAUUCAGCCCUUUGCCUCUCAAAUACAUUCGACCAAUACUUCAACAAGUAUUAACAGCGCUUUUGAAGUUGAAGCAACUUGGUCUCAUUCAUGCUGAUUUGAAACCUGAGAACAUCAUGCUGGUUGAUCCUGUGAGGCAGCCUUAUAGAGUGAAGGUAAUAGACUUUGGAAGUGCGUCUCAUGUAAGCAAGGCUGUCUGCAAUACCUAUCUGCAAAGUCGCUAUUACCGAGCACCAGAAAUAAUAUUAGGUUUGCCCUUUUGUGAGGCAAUUGACAUGUGGUCGUUAGGCUGUGUUGUUGCAGAACUUUUUCUCGGAUGGCCACUUUACCCAGGGUCUUCAGAAUAUGAUCAGAUUAGAUACAUCAGUCAGACUCAGGGCCUUCCUACAGAGCAUAUGUUGAAUAACGCCUCUAAAACUACAAAAUUUUUUUAUAGAGACAUGGACAGCACGUAUCCGUUUUGGCGACUGAAGACUCCUGAAGAGCAUGAAGCGGAGACUGGAAUAAAGUCCAAGGAAGCAAGAAAAUACAUUUUCAAUUGCCUUGAUGACAUUGGUCAAGUAAAUGUUCCUACAGACUUGGAAGGUGGAGAACUUCUUGCUGAGAAAGCUGAUCGGAGGGAGUUCAUCGAUCUUCUUAAAAGAAUGCUGACAAUGGACCAGGUAGAGCGCCGCAUCACACCUGGUGAAGCACUGAAUCAUGCUUUUGUGACACUGGCACAUCUUGUAGACUAUGCACAUUGCAACAAUGUGAAAGCUAGCGUUCAGAUGAUGGAAGUGUGCCGUCGCAAUGGGUAUAAUGGUACAUCAACGACAUCUCAUCAUCAGACGGCGCAGGCUGGACCACCUCCUCUGGUCAACUUUGUACCCAGUUCCAAUGGCAAUGUUACCUUAACGUUCAACAAUCAGCUGAGCAAUCAGGUACAACGCCUGGUGAGAGACAGGGCCGGAUAUGAAAACCUGUAUCAGUUGUACAAUGGGCGAUCGGUAGCACGGCAGUACACCAAUGCUGCACGUGGUGAUCCAUUUCAUCAGCAUCAGUUGGUUUCAUCCAUCCUUUGUCCCACUGGUUAUCAAGGAAUGGGUUCUCCUGCUAAACAUGUUACAGUUGUAGCUCAACAACCUCCUCCGCAGUUGCAGAUUCAGCCACCUAUCAUAUCUCAGCAGGUUGCACCUCAACAACAGUAUGUGCCUGUUUCCAUGGUUGAGCAAAGUGGACGCCAGAUGUUGUUGACGAAUGUUCAAACAUCUUGGCCUGGCAGUCGUCAAAUGGUGGUUCCUUCUUGGCCACAACAGCUGCCUCCGCAACAUGCUCUUCAGCAGCCAUUAAUUCCAGACCCAUCUGGUGACUGGGGGCGACCUCUCAUAGUUGAUUCCAGCACAAUAUUACAGGAACACCGGCCAGUGUUUCCUGUUGAUGUGGCCACUGCUGAUGUUUAUCAGUCAGGUUUGGUUGAACACCAGUCUUCAUCAGGGAGUCAUCAGUGGAGUAGCUCAAGCAAGAGAAGUGUUCCAAAAACAACAACACAUUUGGCACCCCCUGCACAAACUACUUCUCACCAUCAUCACCAUCACCACCACCAUCUCACACUGCAGCAUGUGCCAAAGAAAGAACCUACACAGCUCAGCCCUGUCAAGAAGAGAGUGAAAGAAGGAACACCACCAUCAGACACAAAUGUUUAUGCUGGAAAUGUGUCGAGUAGCAACAGUGGAAGGCGCAGGCAUUCGCCAAAUUCAAUUGCCACUUCAUGGCAGCAGCAGCAGCAGCAACAACAGCAACAGCAGCAGCAACAACAACAGCAGCAACAACAGCAACAGCAGCAGCAGCAGCAGCAACAACAACAACAACAACAACAACAACAACAGCAGCAGCAGCAGCAACCGCAGCAGCAGCCACAGCCAUCUUCAGGAAAACUGGAGGCACACACUCAACAUACAUUGCAACAUGCCUCACAGGUGCAACAGGCAGUUUCUGGUAGACAGCAGACUAUAACAAUUCAUGACACACCAUCACCAGCUGUGUCUGUCAUCACAAUUUCUGACAGUGAAGACGAAGCAACUGGAAACUGCUGUAAGGAUAGGAACUGCGGUGCGUGUUGCGGUGGAUCAGCCGGCCUGGGUGCAUCUUGCCACAUCAGCUCCAACUGUCCCUCAGUGUUGACUGUAGCCUCUCAAGAUGAAGCAUAUCGCAGCACUCAGUCAACGCCACCUAGAAGUUCAGCAGCUGUAACAAGCAGCACACGUCAAAGGAAGAAUGUGAUUUCCUGUGUGACAGUCGCAGAUAGUGAUGGAGAAGAUCAGCACAGCCCAGCUAAAUUACAGCAGGCACAAAUGCAGCAGCAGCAGCAACAGCAACAACAGCAGCAGCAACAACAACAACAACAACAAUCAAUAGCACAGCAACAGCAACAACCACAUCAGCCUCAGGUGCAACAGCAAGCACAACCGCCUCAGCAGCAGCACCAGCAUCACCAAGUAUAUUUGCAGCCACCGCAGCAACAGACAACACAGCCACAGCAGCAGCAGCAGCAUCAGCAGCAUCAUCACCACCACCACCACCAACAGCAACCUGUACAACAGGUUCUGGUUCAGACACCAGUCCAAGUUACCAGAGAAAUAAAACACGAGCCACAACCCACCUCUGGAUAUUCAAGUGGAGCUUCACAAUCCCAAAAGAAGAGAUUGCUAGCGAAGGCCCAGUCAGAAUGUAUGCUUAAUGCAGUUGCUACAAAAAAAGAACCUGGACUUACCGAGUAUCACCAUGGUGAUUAUGCUCAUCAUUCAUCGUGUAGUAACACUUUGACAUCUUGUAAAGAUAAUGUGGCAGCAACAAGUUCAGCUUCAUACCACUAUGUGGCAACAUCUUCUGCAGGUCAUCCCACAACUUCUCAGGACCAGCACAUUGUGUACAGUGGGGCAUGUGUGUGUGUGGGUUGCAGUGGUGACAAGAGAAAUUCUUGGGCUCCUUCAUCAGCCCACAUGAGUAGAGAUUUGCUUGGUCCUCCAUCAGCUCAUAAACGAGAAUUAACUGUGCCUGUUUCCAACAGCCGUGAUUAUGUUCCUCAGCAAGCUGCUGUACAUAAGGAGUUCGUCCAGCCGCCAGCUGCUCAUUCGACGGCAUCAUUGUCUAGUCGUGGUGGAGGUGGAAGUGGGGCUUCAAAUAGUGAACAGCAAUUGAAGGGUUGGGCUACAACUGCCGCUACUGCCCCGCAUCCGCAGCAGGGAUACCGACACCUGUCUCCUCAGCCUGCAGCAUCAGUGUCCCACAGGCUUUCACCAUUGGCGGCGGCUGCUGGUCAGCCGCUCUACCAUCAGCCCGAACUGUACCGCCGCCCCGCGGUAUAUGUGACAGCUGCCCAACCGGCAGCAGCUGCUGCGUAUUUACCUGCUGGCCACCAGGUGGCGCCCUUCACCACAGGCAGGGCGCUGCCCCCGCCUGCUCAUCAUGCCAGUGCAAGACCUGUUUUGGCCACUCAUCCUUCACACCCAUUGCCAGCACAUAUGCAGCCAACAGCAGUGUUCCCGGCACACCCGCAAGUAGCUGCUUCCUAUGGAUUUGCACCUCUCAGCCCAUCAAAAACGCAUCAGUACCAACCGAGCCUAUGGUUUACUGAGUGAAGUCUCUGGUGACCACCCUGUCGACACCAAAUUGCUUCCUGAAUUAGAAAUUUCCAUACUGGGACUCUGCUGAAUGCCUGUAUAUUCACAGUAUGAACCACAAAUUCAAUAGUGAAGACAAACAACAUGUCAUGUACAAAGUUAGUGUGUAACUCAGUGUAUUCUCAGUCAAGAGAACCAGAUUUGUAUAAAUGUUGUUAAAAAAUGUGAUUGUGAGUCUGAAAUUGCCAGGCAGAUUAUAAAUGUUAAUAGAAAAUGAAGGACAGGACAACAAUAUUCCUGUCAUACAAUUAAUUGAGAAAGCAAAAUGUUGGACCUGUUACUUGUUUUUAACAAUUGUGAAGUACGUUCACAGCAUUAUAUUUUGUGUAAAAUCAGUUAGUUAUUGGUAUGGUUAAAUGAAUUGACAUAUGCCUUUGUUCUACUGUUUUCUGUUCCCUUUUUAUUUGUUAAAUAAUGGAAAGUUACACAUUUCAUAGUACAUUUGUCUUUCUUGGAAUAAUUCAGUUGUGAAUGAAAUUGAAAGGAGAGUUCAUUUAUUUGACAACAACUUUAACAAGAUUUUUCUUUCUCUUUGCGGUUCUAGCAUUCCUGCCUGCAGGUAACCACGUUUUAAAAUUGUGGUUCACUUUUUUUGUCCAGAUUAUAUAUAAUGAAAAGUUGUAUAUAUUUAUGGAGAAACAGUCCAUAAUUUUUUAUCACUUCACUUUUUGGUGUGGAAGUGUGAUGUUUGUAUAUAAUAGAAUAAGGUACAAUUCCUCAAUUUUAAAAAUGUGAUGUUUGUUAUAUAUUUACAUUUUAUCUUCAAUGACCAGUGGUCUUCGAAUUAAUAUACAAUUGAAGAAUGAUGGUGACCAAGCUUUUGUAGGAGCCUUAAGAGAGAUUUGUGGUAGAUUUAGGAAAGAGUCAGACUUCCAUUUAUAAUCUCAGAUCAAUGUGCCUGUUCAAAUAUCAGCAUGUAUUUAUUUGUAAGAAAUGCUCGCUAUAUAUAUUAUAUAUAUGUAUAUAUUAGUCACUGUUCUGUGUGUGUGCCACAAGUAUUACUGCCGUAGUACAUCUAGAAAAAAAAUAUUUUACUAUUAUUAGAGAUAUAUAUAUAUAAAUAUUAUAUAUUUGUAAAUACUGACAUAUUGCUGUCAGUGUUGUUUAUAAAGGUUUAAUCUUUUUUCCUGGUUAUGUGAGGAGCGCCUAACAUAGUCAAUUAUCUCCUUUAUCUCCUGUUUUUUCCAAAGAACCUGCUUUCACUAGAAAGACAAUUGAAAACGUUUUUAAUCAAUUAUUCAUUUUUGGAACAGAGAGGUUCUUUCCUCAUCAUUCAACUAUUUUGAAUUUUUGUUAUCUCCAUGCACAGUAAAACUGUUUGCUUGGUUUCUUUUGGUAUAGCAUUCACACACCAAGAGCUGACAGGUGCUUGUAUCCUAUAUUAAGCUGGUUUAGAUAGUAAAUUAAGUGUUAUUUAGAUAUUUUUGCCCAAAUAUUCCACUUCAAAGGAGAUUCAGAUUAUAACUGGGUGUUAUCUUGUUUGUUUCAUAGGAAAUGACAAUGUAGUAUUUAUGUUUUGAUGCCAUGCUCAAAAUAUCUAGUCUCUAGUUUGAAGGUGUGUUAAAUUUGCACUAUACUAAUCUCCUGCUCUGGAAAUGUAACUAAAAUAUUUGCCUGUGGAAUAGUGUUGAAAUGUUGAAAGAUUUAAUCUAGGUUUUUCAUAUAACUUAAUAAUUGAAGAUGUGAGGAGCUCUGUUAGGAUGGUAACAGUGCCAGGAUAUGGUGUCAUUAGUGUGUGUGUGUGUGUGUGUGUGUGUGUGUGUGUGUGUGUGUGCGAUUUUGAGCUUUGCAUGUUAUAAGAAAAUUUCUGAUAUGCUCCACAUAGUUUUACUGAACAUUUUGCUCUUCAGUGUGACUGUCAAAAAAAAAUUCUGUAGGUAAAAGUCUGUUAAACUGUCAGUGAAUUUAUAUAAUGUGUGGUUAUGAAAAUGUGUGCACUUUAGGUAGUCCCUAAACAGGUUCCAUUAAAAUGACUUGUAAAUACGUCUUUCAGGAUUUUUGAGAACACUAGUACAAGCAAAUUAAAAUUCUGAAAUCCUGAGAGACACCAGUGCAUGAAAUAUGGUACCCUGUUUAAGAAGUGCAUGUAUAAAAUGCCAUACCGUCACUGGCAGUGAGUGUUGUAGUUUGUAACAGUGAUAUUUGUUCCAGGAAGAUUUAAAAUAUUUUUGGAAAAUAACUGUGUUUCACAGUUUGUUAAAGGGUGACAUACUUUCCUUUAGGAUAGUUUUCACUGUAUGAGUUUUGCAUUUUAAAUAUGUACUGCAUCAUGAUUUCUACAUAUGUAUUAAGGUUUUACAUGUGUUUUAGCAAUCACUAAUGGACUGAGGAAGAAAUAGAGCAAAAAAUAUAGUUUACAAGUAAUGUAAAAUAAAUGGUGUUUUAUAGGAAUGUAAUUCCUUUAUGGCUUAUAAUUUUUAUCAUACCUCCUUUGCAGAGAGUUUGCUUUAUGUGGAUUCUAGCUGCCUUAAAGUGCAGAAAGUAAUAUGUAGAUAACAGGUUAUGGGAAAUAUACCACUUCUAUAUGUAAAUGGUAUGUGUUAGAUAAAAAUUGCAUUAUAUCAUUGAUGUAAUUAAAAGCAGAAAAUUAAUAUUUUUUUAUAGUAGUGGAACAAAGAAACACAUUAGUGUUUUAUGUACUGCACAGAUAAAUGUUUUAAAAAUAGUUUAACCAAACAAUUGCCUUACUAAAUAAUAAUAUUACUAAUAAUUGUCAUCAUUAUGUCUAUAGUAAUUGUCAUUGAUGUGAUCUGUUUUCUGCCAAUGUCCCGUGUGUGUGUGUGUGUGUGUGUGUGUGUGUGUGUGUGUGUGUAUGCAUGUAUGUACGUACGUACGUGUCUGUGUCUCCUUAGUGACAGAUUUUGUAGUGUGUACCAAAGACAUAACAAUGUUCCUGCCUAUUAACUGAAAAAUGUUUUCUAGCUUAGCUUUGUGUAACAUAGAGAAUCUUUUGCUGGCAUUACUGACUUUUUUGAAAUUCAGUACAUCCAAGAGCAAGACUGCAGUAUUGUUAUUUUAUGCUUUUUAAUCUUUAUCUCUGUAAUAGUGCCAUAGCAUUUCAGUAAUACUAUGGUGAAUGUUUGUCAUUAUUCUCAUAAAGAUCACAGCUGCAUUUGUAGCAGCUCCAUGUAAAAUGUGAUUCAUAUUGUAGUAAAGAGUAAAGACAUGAGGAAAGGAGUUUCUCUGGGUUAUGCUGUAAAUAGAAGUUUGCCUGAAAGCAACUUUAAUUUCUAGAGUUCAUGCUGUAUAAAAGUAAUUGUAAGUAAUGUUGCCAGUUUUAAUGAGCAAUUUCAGUGAUGUAUUGCUGUUGCUGUUUUCACAGUUUUUCUUAAUAGAUAAGUAGGGCCUGUGCAUUUUGUCAGUGAUGCCAAGCUUUGAAAACUCCAAGCAUGGUGAAUAUUGGAAUGUUUAUCAGAUCCUUCACAGAUGUUAUGUUAUGCUUUUCUUUAAAAAAAUGAAGUUGUUAUAAAAUUGUAAGUUAUUGUGAAAUACCUGUAAGUACUGUUAAUAUGGCUUACCUUAUUUUAAUUAGCAUGGAACAUGAUUAUUCUUUGAAAAAGUAAAUUUCUUUUCUGUAGUGAGCAGUGAUUCAUGAUAUUGUGAAUAUUGUACUGAUCAACAAUGAAACUCUCUUAAUGGUUUUUGUACGAGUAAAACAUUAAUGACCUUAGUAUUUGUGAUUCAUAUUCGGUCUGUAGACAGCAAUGUUGAUAGUCUACACAGUUUAUUUAACUCAUUGGUACGCAGUCAUUAUAAUUAACUUCAUUUAUUCCAUUGAUUAAUUAGUUAAGAUUUCAUAGUAGUGGGAAAUGGUGAAUUCAUUGGUAUGUUUACUCCCUUUCAUGAAACUUUUACUAUUUCAUAGGUGCAUGUUGAUUGUACCACUUUAAGUUUCUGUAUUACUGUAAUUCCAAGUUAAAUGUUGUUCAUAUGAAACACAAAGGUUUCAAGGUUCUUAUAUAAUUUUCUCAUAGCCAUUAGAAAGUUACACAUGGUUAGAAGAGUUUUUGGUGUAUACACUCAAGGUGUAUUUCUUUGAUUAAUAUUAGCUUAUUAAUGUAUCAGUUACCAAACAUUGUUAGUGUGAAAAGCUUACAGGUACCUUUUGUAAUGACUAUAUUUGUAGUUUUCAGGAAGAGGCAAUGUAUUGAUAGUAAAGGGUGUAGAUCUUCAUUUUUAACAAUUGUCUGAGGCUGUUGGGUUGUACAUAUUGACUGGUAGUCUUGCAGUACACAGAGAAGCUAAACAAAUGAAAUAAUGUAAACAUUUCCCAACAUUUUCAGUAACUGUCUAUUUAAUGAAUCUCUCUCUCUCUCUCUCUCUCUCUCUCUCUCUCUCUCUCUCUCUCUCUCUCUCUCUCUCCCUCCCCUCCCCCUCCCCGUCCCCCUCUAUCCCCCUCCCCACUACAUUCCUCCCCUUUCCCUCACUCCUAUCAUUGCAUGUACACACAUUUGUGUGAAUAAUUCACACAAUUGUAUGUUUAUGCAAUCACUGAAAUGGCUUUUUCCUCCCUUUUUUGCCAAUGUUGCACACAUCAGAUAUAUAAAUUUUAAUUACUUUAUGGUGGUGAUGCUGUUUGAUUUAUCCUUAGGUUAUAUUUUUGAGGCUUUAGUUUGGUGGAAGGCCACAAUUGCAAUAUGUUCUCUAUAUCAGCCUUUUAUAUAACAAAUGUGAUAUUAAAUAUUUUUUACAUUAA